AUGAAGCGAAUAAGGAAAACCUUCUUCGACCCGCUCGCAACAUCGAAGGCUCGGGUUCGAGAGAUCCUAAAUCAACUCCCAGUCGGCUCUGCACACCCUUUCAGUCCUGAGCGACUUCUGCUUUUUCGAACAGAGAGCGGCAUUCAAGAAAUCGAUAUCUCCUCGUAUCUAGAGGACUUUUUCUUCAAUGCCGUGGACAUGGGCGAGAUGGGCGAGAUUCUUCUGAGGCGCAUGGCUGGGUUUGAGUCUCGACUGGGGAUAUUCAAGGACUUCCAAAUGCUGCAAGCACCAGCUUCAACCUUUGAGAUCCCGAUAGUGUCCGGCCAAAUUAUGCUCCUGGCAAUCUCUGAAAGAAAGCCCACCUACUACGAUUUUUGCUUAGCGGAUGAAUCAUACAACACAUGUUGUUAUAAUACAAGAAGUACUUUCCCUGGAAUCAAGCAUAGCGGCGAUAACAACAGCGGAUAUGAUCUCUUACAAUAUGUCAAGAUCAACAAGAACACUCUCACAGAGAAAGAAAUCUGUGUUUUCAUAUCUGGCUUCCAUUUGACCCCCAUAACAAGAUUCCUAGGAACCAGCCCUGCCUUGCUCGUUGCUGAUCACGUAGAUAAGGUGCUUUAUAUUGUCCCGGUACCCUUGGAUGCGGCAACAAUUGGAGACGCAACCAUCUGUUGCCCACUCGUGAUAAAGCGCGACGGAGACUCCCUGAUAUGCUCGGUUUUGCCAACUGCAACGACAGAUGUAAAGAAAAGCUGCGACAGUAACCAGUUGAAAAGCGCUGCCUUCCAGGAAGCGAUCAACCGCGCCGAUUUCACUAUCUCCGCUCCUUCACCAGCUGCUACACAGAAUGAGGGGUCUUCAAAAGCUGAUACACAUAUACAUGAAGCUCCAAUUAACAAUUCAGCCGAAGAGAAAACCAGCUCGAGUUUGGAAAUCCCGCGCAAGAUCACCAAAGAAAAUGCCGUUUUUAUCACCGAUUCUGCCAGUCUCCCUUCCUUCAUAGAUCUAGCGAAAACUCAAAUAAUACGUUUCGGGGUUGGCAUUGAGUUCCAGCUACCAGGCGAACAACUCCCCACGAAGACCCCAUCCACCGUUGUUUUACCAUGCAUAUUUGGUUCCCAGCUUCAAGGCCCAUUUCUAUUGGCAACCGGAGCGGUCCCUUCAAAUGUGCCCUUUCUCGACGAAAUUGCUCUCCGGGACUAUUAUAAGCAACUCAAGAAUGCCGUGGUGGUAGUUGACGAGCGAAUGACAGACAAUGCCCGAAAUCUUGCAACUAUCUACAGAAUCAAUGCUCUCUUCAUUGUACAACUCAGUCCACAAAAUCAGCCGCAGACCACCGAUGAUAUUCUGUCUUUGCUGAACUCAGCGAACAUCAACGCGGUGACAGCACUGGCGGGACCACAAUCCUUGAUUUUAAUACAAAUAUCCGAUAGGUAUUACUUCUACCGAGGUAUUGCUAAUCGGGCAUACAUCAACACGUCUAGAAUCGAAUUUGGCUUUGAUGUGACAUCCAUACUUGAGGCUGUCGGUAUGGAAUCCAUGCUAGACCCAAGGAUUGAGCGGAUUGUUACUCUCGGCGAUGCAAACUCAAUCAUAUUGCCUACAUCAGGUCAGUUGGUCAAGCAUAAAGAUCUCCAGAAGCUGUUUGAAGGGAUGUCAAUAGACCAAAUGAAAGAGCUGGGAGAGGACAUAUCAGCAGCAGUUUCCCAGCUACAGAUCCUUUUAAAUGAGAAAGAUCUACGAGAACUAUCCAAAACCUUGGUAUUCGCACUCUCAACAAAGAUCAGCAACGCAACAGCUGGAUUAAGAAGCACCUACACCAAUUACCUAACCCAGGAGUACGACGUGACAGAUCCAGAAUCGGUGAAGAAGAAGAACGCUAUGCUUGGAAAAUUGAGGAAUCUCACCAGGGAGAUGCAGAUUGUGACCGAGCCACUCAUUUCGGGCUUGGCUAACAUAAUGUCGUCUCAAAUGACUUCAAAGCGGACGCACGAUCUGAAGAGACUUGUUCGCCAAACCCAGAUCCAGGCAAAUGUCGAGGCCGUCAAGUCCAUGACUUUCGACACUCUCGCAGGAUAUCUUGAAACAUAUGCAGGGGAUAUGGGAGUCAUGCUAUUGAAUAUUGAGACAAGUUCAUAUUCCCUGCUCCUAAAAGAUCUGACAGACGUCAACAUCAAUGCCAGUAAAUGCUGCGACCUUGACUCGAGAGUUCUACAUCUCGUAGGAUUCGACGCUGGGAUUAUCAUAGAGCAGUCGCAGGCCAAUCACAAUGGCCCACUCCGAAGUGGGAACGGUCUAUCCCAGCCAGUUUUGGCGGUACCGUACCUGAGCCAGCAAUCAGGAACAGGAUCAAUGUUAGCUUGGGUCUGUUGGGAUGAAUUUGUUAACCUCGAAAACCCUUACACUAUUAGAUGGAUGGAGAAGUGCAACGAGGAGCACAUUGCCGCGCUCAGAAUCGUUAUGAGGUCGACUCUUAGUCAAGCGGUGGCGGCUAGAGACUAUGACAUUAAACCUAACAGCCCAGAAACCGGUCAUCUUAUGAGCGCUUUGUUGAUGGCAGCUAUGUCGAAACUCGCAGCGAUGAGGACAACUGCGCCAGUCGUGUCACAGCGAGCCGAGGAUACUGUCACAAGAUUGAUGCGGGGACUCUUCGGCAAUUUGUUGACAAUAGCAGGGUCAGGAGUGCGCCCUCAGAGCAUGGUCUGGCAGCUCUUCGGUCUGGACUCUCAAAACGACCUUCCCCAAACCAAUUCUGAGUGGAUUUGGUACGAAAUUGUCGUCAGUUUGUAUCCUUACACUGGAUGGCCUCUAGAGCAAUUCUACGAAAAUCUGGAAAAGCUCCUCGACAAGGCCAUUAUCCGGGUGGUGACCAAGAACGAAAAUGUGGAUGGGGUGAGAUCAAGCCGGGUAGAUGAGAUGAUCAGGUUUUCCAAGCUUCGAAACAUUCAGCUUCAUCAUUCUCGAACAAUCAUUACCGUUUUUAUGCGAAUGCUUACAACGGAGGAGGCCGAAAUCGCUACCAUCGCUACUCGUCUGCUACAGCAGCUUCCCCAUGAGUUGGAGCGACAGAGCCAGAGCUAUACCCAGAUGAUCCAGUACCUUGGACAUCUCGCCAAGGGAGGCCAACGACGUGCCAAUGACGACCUCGUCGCCGCAAGCAUUUACACCUCACGCUCAGCUGCCUUCGCCUCACUCAAAAUUAAAGUAUCGGAAGCUAGUAUAAACAAAGAAUGGGCCAAGAUGAAAGAUGCAUGCCAAGCAAUUCUGGACAAACAUGCCGAAAUUGCUGCUCUUUGGCAUGUCAAGCCUGAUGCGUUGAAGAUUCAAAACAUGAAGGUAUACAAAGACCUUCUGGGCGCAGACUUGAGUGAUUAUAUCGAUAAAGCUACCAAUGCCAAAAAUCUCGAACUGAGCAGAAAGGUUCUUGGCGAUUCAGAGAAACAGCGCGUUCCUUGGCAAGUUGGGAAGAACGGUGAAUUUGGCAAUGACAUCGAGCCCCUUGACGAGGUCUUCCUUCACAAAAUUCUGACCGGAGAAGAGCCAAAAUCACUCCCAGCCGUCAAUUCAGCCGAGAAACUGGAAACAGAGACAACUGCUGUGAUUAAAACCGAAGCGGGGCGUGAAUUCGUGCAAUUUGAAUCGACAAUGCAGUCUAGCUUCAUCGUGACGAUGCAGAGUCAUUUGUCGGCCGAGAAUGUCUGUCAUAUGAUGAAUAUUCCUGUCACUGCAAUGCGAGUCUUUAUUAAGGCUCUUAAUCCGAAUUUUGUUUGGAAAGACUUGGGAAAGAACUACAAGACUACAAUUCUGGCGUUGUUGAAGCAUCGUUCGAAUCGGGCUGAGAGCCGGCCUACUAGGAAAAUGUUAGAGCUGGUGAGUGACAAGACAAAGCUUCAAAUUGAAGGGUGA